UAUGGAGAGAAGGCAGGUAUAGGAUACCGAGUUGGAUGAUCAGCCAUGAUCAUAUUGAAUGGCGGUGCAGGCUCGAAGGGCCGAAUGGCCUACUCCUGCACCUAUUUUCUAUGUUUCUAUGUUUCUAAUGGGGUUGGGAGGGAGAGAUAUAUCAGCCAUGGUUGAAUGGCGUGGUAGACUUGAUGAGCCGGAAGCCCUCCUAUCACUUCUGAUCUUAUCAUCUUAUGCAGGCUGCAGAUAGCUCUGGUUAUGGACACUAAGUACUGGAGUAACCAAUGGGCCAGGCAGCAUCUUGGUGUGCCUGGACUGUGUUUACUAUAGGACUCACAACGAUUCAUACCUUACUGGGAGCAUUCACUUUCACUUCACAACUUUCAAAGGGUGGCGCAUUGGCAUAGCUGGUAGAGCUGCUGCCUCACAGUGCCAAGAUCCUGAUCUUGGGUGCUGUUGGUGUGGAGUUUGCACGUUCUCCCUGUGACCAGGUGGGUUUCCUCCAGGUGCUCCGAUCUCCGCCCACCUUCCAAAGACAUGCGGGUUUCUAGAUUCUCUGUUAAUUGUCUCCAGUGUGUAGGGAGUGGAUGGGAAAGUGGGAUAGCAUAGAACUGGUAUGAACGAGCGAUCGAUGGUCGAUGUCGAUUUGUCCCGCCAAAAUGGCUUGUUUCCAUGAAGUAUGGUUCAAUCAAUCAGUGAAUCAACCCUGUGAACUAACAUUGGGCAACUCUUAUUUCAGGGAGUCUCCAGAUCCGCUACAAGCUGGACAAUGAUAAAGACGCCAAUAUCUUCAGCGUCGACGGCAGGAGGCUGGCGAAUGGACAACUUCACAGUGUGAAGAUUGACCGGGAAGGGAGAGAUGUCCACGUUCAGAUUGAUCAAUACCUGGCAUUGAGAUUUAAUCUAUCGUCAGGGACUGAUGCAGAAUUCAACGGUGUGAAAUCCCUGAUCCUUGGAAAGAUUACAGGCAGUAGCGGGCUGGACAAGGAGCUUCGGAAGGCCAACAUGUGGGGAUUUAUUGGCUGUCUUUCUACCGUGCAGUUUAAUGGGAUCGCUCCGUUGAAGGCCGCCCUUCACCGUCCCAGCUCGGCACCCAUCGAGGUCAAAGGGCACUUAUCCAAGUCAAGGUGCGGCAUCUCGGGGUCGACUGGUUUGAGGACCGUCACCACAACGCAUCCACUGGCAGAUCACACUGGGACAAUUGAAGAGGGCAAGCUGCUGACAAACGCAAUCAGGAGUGACUCUGCAGUCAUUGGAGGUGUAAUAGCGGUGGCGAUCUUUGUCAUCCUCUGCAUUGUGGCUGUAAUGGGCCGCCUGAUGUACAAGCACAAAGGCACAUACCACACCAACGAAAUGAAGAGGGCGGAAUACACUGAGCCCACAGAUGCCACGCUGAAGAGCAAUUCCAUUUACCAGGAUUCCCUGAGUGAAGACAAGAAAGAGUACUUCAUCUGACAAUUACACAGGCCCUCGUCAUUAUUAUAACCGAUUAAUAACACCCGGGAUAUACUGUCUGUGCUAUCAGUUAGCUCCAGACUCUGUGAACUAUAAAUGGACAGACAUUACAGUCAGAGUAGGGACAUGAAAAAUGGUUUACACUUUUUGUUCGCCUUAACAGGGCAGGGGUUCUAACGUAUUAUUUCCUGCUAUCUUCAGGUCAGCUCAGGGGAGGAGAAGGAAGAGGUUUUAAAUGUCUACAUGGGAACGGCAGAGAAAUAAAAUUACCAUUAUAACCGUUUAAGUAUAGUUUAGAGAUACGGCGUGGAGACAAGCACGUCAACCCACCGAGUCCGCGCCGACCAACACGUACACCACAGGCUAGGGAGCAAUUUUACUGAGGCCCACUAAGGUAGAAACAUGUCUUUGGAGUGUGGGAGGAAACCGGAGCACUCGGAGAAAACCCCCGCAGUCACAGGGAGAACGUACAAACUCCAUACAGACGGCACCCGUAGUCAGAAUCAAACCCGGGUCCCUGGUGCUGUGAGGCAGCAACUCUACCACUGCGCAGCUGUGCCGCACCAUAUUAACUUACUGCAUGACACAUAAGCGUCUAAUAAUAGUUUUAUCUUCCACUUAUUUCCCUUUGUGUUUUCUAUUCCCCCAUCAAUGGUUUUUCCCAAGACACUGAUCUUGUGAAACUCGGUCUGAGGUAAAGUUCCCUGAAACCCUUUAGUCCGAUGUAACAAUAAUAUAUAUUUACAUAGCAGUUUAAACAUGGAAAAGCAAUGUAUAGUGUUUCUUUGGUUUGGUUUAGAAUUGCAACAUGGAAACAGGCCUUUCGGCCCAUCGAGUCCGCACCGACCAGCGAUCCCCGCACCUCAACACUAUCCUGCACACUCGGGAUCAUUUUACAUUUAUGCCAAGCCAAUUAACCUACAAACCUGUACACCUUUGGAGUGUGGGAGGAAACCAAAGAUCUCGGAGGGAACACACCUGGUCGUGGGGAGAACCUGGUUACUGGCACUGUAAGCGCUGUAAGGCAGCAACUCUACCGCUGCGCCACCGUGCCGCCCAUGUUGUUCAUGUGAGUGUAACCAAAUGAGUUUUGGUACUUUGGUACUGCCGACUAUUAGAGCAAAUAAGGAGGAUUUUUAGAUAGUCUUUAAGGAGGGAGAGUCGUUUAGGGAGGAUGAUUCCGGACCUUAGGAACAUAAGCUAAAGGGCCUGUCCCACGAGCAUGCGACUGCAUGCAGGAAGUGCGACCUAACCGGAAGCGGGAGACGCGCGGAGGUUGAGUGAGUGACGUGAAGUUCGA